UAAUAAAUUUUUCUUUUCUUUUCUCGACAACGGUGGUAUUUUUUUCUUUUCCCGUUAAACAAGGCAUACAUUAAUUGUAUACCUUGCUUAAAAUACGACCGAUUAUUUAUACAAUAGUGAACGAAAAUAAUUGCUACAAAGAAAAGCUCAAAGUGAAAUGAAUAAAGCAUAAUUUGCUGCAACACAGGUGUAGCAAACGUAACUAGGCGAUAGCAAAGCUAAAAAGUUCCAAAGGAAAUCGUGGAGACCCCGGGAGUCAUAGUGCUAGAGCACAGUAGAAAUGGCAUCUCGUGGUGGACCGAUGGUGGUUGGCACUGAUGGCAAUGACUAUGAAUUCAGGCAGCGUGUGGCAGCUCCACAUUAUAUCAGUAUGCUGAAUAAAUCACGCCUACGAUAUUGUAUUUUCUUUCAUACGUUACUUGCCUUUUGCAUGAUGGCCAAACUGACUUCGGAUGUAUUGGAUCGCCUCGAUAUUUUUGUGCUAGAAAUCGAAGAGCUUGAAGUGCCUAAACCGCUAUGGUGGGAAUAUAUUUGGUUAUCAUCGUUGUUGGCGUCCUUCAUUGGCCUGUCAGCGGCGCGUGGCAAUAAAGUGCGCGAAAUGCAAAAAUAUAUGAUAGCAAUUGUUGUAUUGGGCAUACUACCAUUGCUCUACUGUAUGGUCUACUACUUUAGCGAUGUAUGGGAUUACAUUAAACUGGAAAAUAAGGCCGAUAUUGAUGAGACAGAUAUUAUGAUGUGGCAGGGUUUCCCUUAUGGUCUAUUGUGGUAUGCCUUCUGCUUGGUUGGAUUCCAAGUUCAUGGUUUCACGCUCAUUUUCUCUAAUAAGUGCCUCCAGGCAUGGCGUGCACGCACCGCUGCCAGGAAGUAUCAGUGAAACAACGAGAAUCACGAAAUCAAUUUUUUCGAUGCGACAUAAAAAAGCUUCGACCAAAAAUGCUGGUUUAUGCAGAUGGUCAAAUGAUGCCUAAUCAAAUUCAACUGGUUUUACAUAUAUUUAAUUUUUUUUGUUUGCUGUCUUAACCAACAAAUUUACGGGAAUAUCUUUGAAUUAUACUUAAAAAAUAUCUCUAAAGUUUUGCCUUUGGAGACAAAAGGAUAGAUUUUUAGAAAAAAAAAAAACAAUUUGUAUGAGAUUCCUUUGACUUUGUUUGCAAGCAGAUAUCGUUAAAAUACUGCUUCUAAGUAUUUCAUACAUGUGCUUGAUAUGGCUGAUCGUCUGCAUAAACUUUCAGAUCAAACACAAAACAAGCAAAACUUAUUUACUUUUGGUAAGCAAUAAAGAAUCGAAUCAAGAAAAACUAAAUUAAGUUGCACUUUAAAUUAAAUGUACUUGAAAUCUUAGUAAAUUCACAUGGUAGAUACCAACUUGAAUGUGGAUUUUCACAACUUUGCACACAAUUCUGCGCACAUAUUUGUAAAAAAAAACUUAUAACAGAGACUUUAGUGGCAGCUACAAUGUAAAACAGAACCUACGAUUUUAAAUUUUUAAUUGAUACUGAAUAUUAAGCAUACAAGAAAUUGACUGUGUAAGGAACUAGUCUCAGCUCAAGGACGACUAUACUUGAACUAUUAUACAAAAUGUAUAUAUAAAUGUUAACUUUUGAAACAAAGAAAACCUAUUAGUAAAUGUGAUUAUAAAAAUGUCGUAUUGAUGUGUAAAUUCGUAGUUUAAGCAUAAUCAUGUGCGUGCGUUUAAUUACAUUGUCCAUCUUGAUUCGUGAAUUCGUUUCUGUUUAUACAAAACACAGACAAACAAAAUCUUAAAAUACUCGUGAAAUACAUUUUUAGUUUUUGAUAUUAUUUUACCAUUUAA